UUGUUAUUAGUAGAAUUUCCAAUCGUGUUGUAAUACAACGACACGACUUUUGGAUUGUGUGGAUGGAUUGGUAUGAUGUUUCUUCCACUUGGUGAUGCGUUUCAAGGAAAGAAGAAAAGUGUAUGGAGUCCUCUUAUUGAUCGACCAAAACAUCCAAUCCACAACUCGGGCACAUAUCGUCCUAUUACGCGAAGUAUCCUUAUGUGUAGGCUUCCAUCUGAGAACAAAGAAAGCCGUAAUGUCAGCCAACCAUCAAAAGUAUAUGUGGAAGCACAAAGCAACACUAACGGAACUUUUAAGCCUUUCUUAAAUGGUCACCAAUAUGAUUCCAUCAUUUGGUCUGUGGCUGUUCCUUCUUAUGCUUCUAUGCUGUUAGACCCGCUAUCAGCUCUCGUAGAUACAAUGUACGUAGGUAGAUUGGGUAGCAUUCCUUUGGGAGGUGUAGGUUUGAGUAAUACUAUUUUCGGCUAUUUUACAUUUUUGUUCUUUUUUCUCGUCAUUACUACGACUUCUUCUGUAGCCGCUGCAGCUGCGGGAAAUGACAAGACUGAAAUAUCCAAAGUUAUAUGUCACUCUAUUUGGAUAGCUUUGGCAUUCGGAACCCUUGUUUCCAUAUUGAUUAUCGUAUAUGCUCCUAGUAUUCUUUAUAAAGUAGGAGCAGCUCCUGCAAUGAUUCCUUCAGCUGCCUCUUAUUUAAGAGUAAGGGCAACUGCUGCGCCUAUCAUUUUGAUAUUUUAUGUAUUGUCUGGAGCUUUUAGAGGAUUGCAAGAUUUGAAAAAAUCAGUAUAUGCUUCUGUUAUCUCCAACUUGGUUAACCUUUGCUUGGAUCCCAUUUUUAUGUUCUCUAUGCAACUGGGAGUAACUGGAGCUGCAUUGGCUACUGCAGUAUCUCAAGCAGCUUCUACAAUUGUCUUAUUUUAUUUUCUUGUCCAACAAGGCCACUUAAAACUUUCACAUUUCUUUCCACUUCCCAGUCGACAUGAAAUAUUGACCGUCUUGCGACCAGGAUUAUCCAUCUCCAUGAGAAGUAUAUUUGAUCGAUCAUCUUUUGCACUUGCCACUUCCAAAGGAGCAAGUUUGGGUAUUCAUGAAGCAGCUUCUGUGGAAAUUGUAAAACAAAUAUGGGUAGUAGUGGGUACUAGUUGGUGGCCAUUAGGUGUUGCUGCACAAAGUCUGAUUGCCAACUAUUGGGUGGCUCGUGAUGGAAAACAACAUAUGAGAAUACUGUCUUAUAGAAUAUUACAAUGGGGUUUACGAAUUAGUAUUAUAAUAGCAUUAUGCGUUGCUUUAUCUUGUCACUUUCUACCUCGUCUAUUUACAAAUGAUCCUCGAGUCUUGCAUAUAUCUCCUAAAUUGUUAUUGAUUGCUGCCUUCUUUAUGCCAUUUUCAGCCAUUUCUAAUAUUCUCGAUGGUAUUCUAUCUGCUUGGAGAGAUUAUGAUUAUACUGCCAAAGCUAUUAUGGUUGCUAGUAUAGUGUUUGGUUCUCCAUAGGUGUUUUGGUGGUGGGACGUUGUUUGUUGUUAUU